CAAAUAAGCAAGACACUUGACUAGUAGUGACUUAGAACCACGCACCAUUUUCUUCCUGGAUUCUUGGCUUGCUCAGUGGCUGGACCAGUGAACACCGACGGCUAGUCCAGAACCUUGAGUGACAAACCAAGUUUUUCUUAGCGGCGAUCAUUCCACCGUGGUUGCCAUGUGUUUUUCCCUCGCUGAAAAGUCAAAAUACUCUUCUUUCUGUCGUCAUUCCCGACUCACGAAGCUUUACUCUUCCUUUCCCUGACUGGUUGGGAGCAAGGGAUAGAGAGAAGUAUUGAGCGAGAUGUAUGGGAAAAACUACCAAAAGAACAGUGCCCAAAGGUUACCUUACUAAGCUCCUUUAGUCAGUAUAUGCGACGCUAUAUUAUCCCAGGGUAUUUUAUCACCUUCCAGGGAGACUGCCCCGGUCGCUAAUGCAUAGAUUCGGCGUGUGCGGAGCUGUCAUGACACGGUACAUACAAGGUAUGUAUGACUUUGUAUGAUCUAUACAUAGUAUUACCCGCCUUGUGCAUGAUAUGUAUGUAUGCAUACCAACCAACAUCAAGUGGACAAUAAUCCACAGAAACGGCGGUUAGCAUCAACCAUCCGGUACCUUGAGCGUAUAUUUCAGCAUCAGGGAACCUCUAAGCAAGACCCUAACCAGACGCCCAGCCCGAAUCCCAUCAGGGAAAAUGAUCUGACAAGAGCAUAUUUCUGAAUGACCAGUGCUGACCGGGCACUCCGUUUCUGCAAGGAGGUACCGGUUACUUUUUUUUCCCACUCAUCCAAGUGCCACCGAGUACAGUACUGUAACGGUAGUUCGCAGCCCAUGGGACCCCUGAGGACGAUCGUUCAGUGCGGCCACGUGAAAGCAGUCUGUAUCGAGAUCGUGGCCGACCGAGGAGGUCGAGGACUAAGUACUAUGAAUGGGCUUGUUCCUCUUUUAGUUUUAUUUUUUUUGUCCCUUAACCCUCCCAGUGCGUAUUGUCAUUCUUAUCAUUCUGUAAUUUUUAUUUUCUCUAUUCCCCAACUUUGUCCAACCUGCGAUGACCAGUCACUUAAAAAGUCAUACAAAUACCGUGAUAAAUUUAUCUUUUUCUCCUCUUACUAUCAACUGCUCAUUGAUAUCUAUAAUAUUAUCCUGCAAGGUCGGAAUAAAUAGGACAAAUUAGGCCCUGUUUCUUAACCCUUUCAUAAUCUAGAUCGAGUACGGACCAACAUGGAUACGAUCGACUCGUAUUUUAUCGUGUACAUCUGCGGAGCUUAACAAUAAUAAUAGUACUUAAUUAAUUAAGGUAUGAUCCAAUCGCACACCCCAUGGCAAUGAUCGAUCAUCGUGUUGUAUGAUUCCAUGCGACUGAGACAAACACGCUACCGGGAAAAAGUAGAACGAGUUUCAAAUUCCAAUGACGCGGAGAUCUC